GGAAAAUCGCGAAAUAUGGGCAGUCACGGACGCAGCAGCAGAAGAAAGGAGGCGCCGUCGUCUUCCUCCAAGAGUCGCCGCAGAAGAAGAUCCGACGACUCCGAUUCCGCGUCGUAUACCGAGCCCGAUGAUUCCGACAGCCACGACUCCUCCCCGGCGAGGAGCUCCAGGAAGCGCAAGGAACGAAUCAGUCGCAGAAAGAGCAGCCGUCGGAAGGACUCCGACGACGAGUCGUACGACAGCGAUGAGAGCGAGGAACGUGACCGCAAGACGAAGCGAUCGUCGAAGAACGUUACGGAGGAGCAAAUCGCUGAGUACUUGGCUAAGAAGGCACAGAAGAAGGCAGCUCGAGUAGCCAAGAAGAUAAAAUCAAAGACGGUUUCGGGUUACUCGAAUGAUUCGAAUCCCUUUGGCGAUUCCAAUCUCAAUGAGAUGUUUGUAUGGCGAAAGAAGAUUGAGCGUGAUGUGUCACAUGGUGUUCCGCUUGACGAGUUUUCAGUUAAGGCUGAAAGAAAAAGACAGAGAGAAAGAAUGGCAGAGAUUGAAAAGGUCAAGAAAAGAAGGGAAGAAAGGGCACUUGAGAAAGCACAACAUGAGGAAGAAAUGGCACUGCUAGCCAGAGAACGUGCUCGGGCUGAGUUCCAAGACUGGGAGAAAAAAGAAGAAGAGUUCCACUUCGACCAAAGCAAAGUCAGGUCAGAGAUCAGAUUGCGUGAAGGGCGUAUUAAGCCAAUUGAUGUACUGUCUAAACAUCUGAAUGGCUCAGAUGACUUUGAGAUUGAGAUAGACGAGCCAUAUAUGGUCUUCAUGGGAUUGACUGUAAAGGAAAUGGAAGAGCUUCGAGAUGACAUCAAAAUGCACCUUGAUUUGGACAGGGCAACAGAAACACAUGUGAAGUACUGGGAGGCACUUUUAGUGGUUUGUGAUUGGGAGCUAGCUGAAGGUCGGAAAAAAGAUGCAAUAGAUCGAGCUAAGGUUCGUGGAGAGGAACCUCCUGCUGAGUUGCUUGCAGAACAAAGAGGCUUGCAUACUAGCGUUGAAGCAGAUGUCAAGAACCUCUUGGAAGGAAAGACCUUCAGGGAAUUAGAGGAAUUACAGUCCAAAAUUGAGUCAGAAAUGCGUUCUGGAACAGCCAAGGUUGUUGAGUAUUGGGAGGCUGUUCUCACACGCCUCCAUAUAUUCAAGGCCAAGGCUUGUUUGAAAGAAAUCCAUGCUAAAAUGUUGCACAAGCAUUUGCAACGGCUUCAGAAACGGGAGGAUGGUGAAAAGAACUUGGAUAGGGUUCAUGAUUCACAGCCUGAAGAGGAGGAGAGUGAGUCUGAUGUCAAAGAUGCUCAAGCAUUUUCUCCAGAAUCCAUGGAGGAGGAGAUUCAUGUGGCUGAGGAAGAGGCUGGGUCAUUUUCACCAGAGCUGUUGCAUGGAGAUGAAAAUGAGGAAGUAAUCGACCCUGAAGAGGACAGGGCUAUACUGGAAAGGAAGCGUGUAGCUGUGUUAGAAGAACAACAGAGGCGGAUUCAAGAAGCUAUGACAUCAAAGCCAGCUCCACCAGAAGAUAAUUUUGAGAUGAAGGCCAUGAAAUUCAUGGGAGAAAUGGUUGAAGGAGAUGCAGUUCUUGGCACGGGUUCUGAAGUGAACCUUGACUCACAGGUAUACUGGUGGCAUGACAAGUACCGACCUAGAAAGCCGAAAUAUUUCAACCGUGUUCACACCGGAUACGAGUGGAACAAGUACAAUCAGACUCACUAUGAUCAUGAUAACCCUCCUCCAAAGAUUGUGCAAGGAUACAAGUUCAACAUCUUCUAUCCGGACCUUGUUGACAAGACGAAGGCCCCACAUUAUACGAUAGAGAAGGAUGGCAACAGCAGUGAGACAUGCAUUAUAAGGUUCCAUGCAGGGCCACCCUACGAGGACAUUGCGUUCCGGAUAGUAAACAAAGAAUGGGAAUACUCACACAAAAAGGGGUUCAAAUGCACAUUUGAACGUGGAAUUUUGCACGUAUACUUCAACUUCAAACGACACCGCUAUCGUAGGUGAUGUGUUGGUAGGUUUGUUACUUUUCAUUCCGAAGCUGACAUAUAUAAACAGUUUGAUCGAAUCUUGAUUAAUUUUCCUUCUGUGUACUAUAAGAUUUUUUGAGUUUAAUUGACGUGUAGUCACAAUGCUGCCAUAUGGGCAUGUAUAAUAUGCGGGCAACGGUUCGUUUAACCUUAGUUGAGAACUCAGUUAAAAGAACAAGAGUAUGGAUACCUUGCUUUUGUUUUGCA